AUGCGUCCAAGAAAUGAUAGUAGCUGGCUUGAUGUCAGACACAGUGGGGAGGGUACUUUUGUCAUCCGUGACCACGGCCGAUUGUCGCAAUUAAUCUCUGAAUUGCCUCAACCGAAUCAUCAAUAUCCUCUACUGUCGGUUUUCAUCGGCAAUAAGACCAAAGACGUUGCCCUACAGACAAUCUUUCCCCAUAACAAUAUUCGGAGAACCCGAUCAAAAUCAAUUGGUUGUGACAAUCCGAUCCUAUUCGCCGAUGGAGAUCUUAAUUCGAGCCGGGAUUGCAACGAUCCCAUGCCAGGGGUGCAUGACUAUUCAGUCACAUGGAAUGUUGAUACCACUAAUGAUGCGUUAAAGCUGGUCUAUGCUCGUUUGGUAUUCCUCUUUGCUGAUGUUGUGUGUAUUUUUGCGGACGACUUCCCUGAUCUUGCGUCAGUGGCUCAGUUCUUAAUUGACUGCAUUGAGUCGCGUUCCGCAUCGACGCUACCUAGAGCGGUCCGACCGCGGGUGCUUGUGGUUCUAGCGGAUUACGCGGACCACGCUGGUCAAAACAGCCCUCCGGUCGAAAGUUUCUACCAGAAGCUACACGCGGCUGGCCCUACUCACCUCUCCGAACCAUUCUCUUUUAUAAACCUUGUAUACUUGGAUCUCAAUCAUUCAGAACAAGCCAGAUACAAUCGACUGCGCAUGUGGCUGAAAAUACAAAGUGAUGACAUACGGACUGUCCGUAGCGAAAACUGGGCAGACUGGAACUUAUUGCACCUAAACGCAUUUUUCCGGUCGGCGCUUAGCCAGCUGUCGUCGGAUGACCAAUCCCCAUUUAAUUUUGUGAAAGCAUCCAGGGAAGCGAAUCCUGUACCUGCCGGAUUGAGCAACCACAUCUUGCACUAUGUGGAGGUUGGCAUGCGACAAGGAUGCUCGCUGGAGACCUUGCUUUCAACUAUGGUGUCUGCCUUGAUGUUGGACCACUAUGUGCCUGACAUGAUGCUGAUGGAGCCACGGGCCGUCUUGCGAACUCUAUACCGCCCCGCAUUCCUCCGGGCGUUCCGUGAUUACAGAGGACCGAAGCUCCCGAAGCCAGGUGCGGUAUUGAUCUCUGAAGUGGAACAAGAAUUUCCAUCUCUAGAUUUUCGACGUUGCCAUCUUUUAUCGAUGAGCGCUGAAUUAAGUCAAAUACAAUCGGACCGAAUCUGUCUGUACUGCCUAGUUCGCCCUGCACAACAUUCUCAGGCAUGUGGCCACACAGUUUGUGAUCUCUGCCCCCAAUUAUUUGGGGUACCAGCUGGAGACGCAGAGUACCGGUUUACCAUGUUGAUGUGUCUACUGUGCCAGUCGCAAGCCACAACCGUGAUCGACGUCCUCCCGCCUACUAUGAACCCAACUGUAUUGGCUAUCGACGGUGGGGGUGUCAGGGGAGGUAUCCCGUUGGAGUACCUACUGCUGAUUCAAGAAAGCCUAGGCGCGGAGUGUCGAUUGGUGGAUUUGGUGGAUGUAUCCGUUGGAUCAAGCUCCGGGGGAUUGCUGGUUCUAGGCCUGAUCGGCAUGGAGUGGGAUGCACCCACCUGCUCCCAAACAUUUGACCUUCUCGCACGGCGUAUUUUCCGCGAACGCCGACAACCAGUAAUAUCUUGGCUGCUUCGCUUGGUGUUGGGCCGGGAUUCGCUCCUUGGGGAUAUCCCGAAAUGGCUGUCCUGGUUUCUCCAUGAUAGCUGCUACGACCCCAGAAUCUUUGACGUCAGCCUGCAGGAAGCGUUUAGCGGAAACAGGCGUGUCUUUGAUCCGGUUGGCGAGCCCUCGCGAUCACCUGUGCACUCCAGGUCCAAAUUUGGUGUCAUUGCAGCGAGCAUUGCUAAGGAUACUCGAUCAUUCGUCUUUGGUAAUUUUAACGCAUCUGACUGGUUUUGUAAAGAUCAUGGUAAGAGCGCUCUAUUCAGCGCGGAAGGUACCCCACUAAAAUGCUCACCUAUAGGCUACGAGCUGUUUCGAGCCGAAACCAGAAGUACUGAGCCUCUGAUGUGGGAAGUUGCAAGGGCUACAGCUGCGGCUCCAUUCUUCUUUUCCACGGCCCAUUUACGCAAUAUCGGCUCAUUUCAGGAUGGGGGAUUACAAGAUAAUUUUGCCGCUGGUAUUGCCGGCAGGCUCUGCCGCCGAAUCUGGCCCUCCAAGACAGGUAUUGCAAGACUAAUUUCCAUGGGCACCGGUGAUGCCAGCCCUCCCGCCGACCGUUCGCCCCAUUUUCGUCAUGUUUUCCGAGACGGCUUUCUCCGCAGAGGUUUUGACGCUUUCAUGUCGAACUUGGGUACCACGUCAAAGUGGCUGCAAAUGGUGGAACAGCUGGAUAGUGCCGUCAGACCCGACUAUAUUCGGUUGGAUGUCUCUCUGAACGACAUCCCAUGCACCAUUGAUAACGCUGAGGCCAUGGAUGAUUACCGUAACCUGGUUAUCCUCCAACCAGGAAGCGCCCGAAUGGCCGGUGAAGUAGCAACAUCUUUGCUCAUUGCUCGCUUCUUCUUUGCCCUGGAGAGUCAUAUAGAGAUUGAGUCUACUGGGGCACAUGUCUGGUGUCACGGCACCAUUCGAUGCAAAGGGCCAAUCAAGGCUGUUGUAGGGGCUCUUGAGCGACUACACCCCGAAAAUGUCGACUUUGUCAGCGAUUCAGCACGACUAGGUACUUUUAGUGGUAACGACGAUGUAUGCCGUGCCUGUGGUCGCUACUCGAAAUCCGUCUCCCUGCUCCUCCGACAUCCCGGAGAGGUAGUAAACAUCUACAUGCGGAUUAAUAGACACCAAAAGUGGAGAAUUAGCGGUUUCCCGGCUAGCGCGGCAUCCAUUACUAAGAUCCAGCAACUACAACAUGCAUUUGGCCGAUCAGACCACGGCCGGCCAAACAAUAUGCCCUGUGCCUUAUGUGAUGGUCUAGCUAGCCCAUUUCGAGGAACCCGCAGGAAGCGCGCUUCUAUGGUGUCCAUCGAGGAACCGGGGAGAAAGCGAGUCCGUGUGGUGGAUCAAGCUCAAGUUUACACAGCAGAGGGUUGA